CGGGUGUUGCACAUUUAAUUGCCUCAGUAUUCCUCAAAAUAUUUCCUCCCAAAGCAAUGGAUAGUCCUAGAGAAGAUGAAGAGAUUGACAACCCAGUGCCAGUGUUGCACUCUCCUACCGAACGGACGCCUUUAAUCAACCCUCCCAAACCUAAUGAUCAGUCCCCCGUUCAUGCAGAGCAAACAGUCUUCCAGUUACUCAAGGAUGUAGAUUUCUGGCUUUUGGCUUUGACAAUGCUUUUGCUCUUGGGCUCGGUAAGUUUUAGUUUUGAGGAACUAAAAGCCCGUACUGAUGAGGUGUACA